UCACUAAUCUUAUCUCUAAAAGUCUGAACUUGUUUAGACUUGAAACACCUUGUUAUUACAUGCUUGACAACUACCCGGAAUCCCAAACUUUUAAACUUGUAACAACUUUUCGUAUUUUAAACAGUCUAAAGUGCUAAAUAUAUAAUUGCUAUACAUGUAAUGGAUACUAUUAAAUUCGAAAAAGAGGAUGUAAGUGAGGUGGACAAUAGUGAAGCCGAGACGGAAUCACCAUCUUUCAGUGAAGAAUCAGAAUCUAGUUACCAACAUUUAAGACAAACUGGCUUACAAAUUUGUACUGAAGAUUAUCCUGGGCAAUUUAAUUUUAAUUUUAAUUUAGAUGUUACAGAAAUGUCUAAAAGACAUUGGAUGUAUUCUGAAACUUUGAAUAAAGUAUACAUUGAUAUGAAUAGAGUACUGCCUAUUCAGUUCCAAUGGAAAUUUGAUGAUAUUGGAUUAGUAGGACUAAAAAGUCUUCAAAUUCGUGCCUUACCAAUUUUUGCAGAUUCUGAAUUUCAACAGUUAUCCGUUAAACGUUGCCCAAUACAUAUUAUGCAGGAUAAAUUAUGUGAUAGAAAAAAAAAGGAACAUAUACUUUGGUGUGAACAAACUGAUGCCAUAUAUGAACAAAAUCACAUAAGUCAAAGGCAUAGUGUUAUUGCCAUUGUUCAUAAUUUUAUUCCUUGUUCAGAUUUUAAAACUUAUAAUGUAUUAUAUAAAUUUAUGUGCAAAUCUAGUUGUAGUAUGAGUCUUAGUCGAAGACCUAUUUAUAUAAUUUUUACUUUAGAAACAUUAAAUGGACAAGUGUUAGGUAGAAAAAAAAUUGGUGUAAAAGUUUGUAGUUGUCCUAGGAGAGACAUGUUAAAAGAAGAGGAAAUUGAAAAAAAAAGAAUAGCAGGAGUAAAAGUUUUUAAAAAACGUACAUCAUUAACUGAUGAUAAUGAAAUUCAAGGAAAAAAACUGAAAACUAAUAAUGUUAAUACGGAAGAUAAAAUUUAUGAACUACCACCAUUACCUAUUCUAGGAAAACGGUUAUAUUUAAGCACUUUAGAAUUAUUACAUGGUCAUUUUUUGGGUAGUGCUGUUCGAGAAGAUUGCUUAAUAGACUCACAUCCUUUGAUUAGCAUGCUUUCUGAUCUUAUAUCUCAAGUGAAAUCUGAAAAUGAUAAUCAUAAUAAAGCUGAAUCAGAAAACCCAUUAACACAAACAAAUUAAAAAUU